ACGAGUCACAAGAAGAUGCGCGCGUUUUUGCAGAUAGAGGGAAACUGCGGCGCACGAUUGGUCAGCGCCGCAAACUGGUCGACAUUCGUUCGCGAAAUGUGUCAUGUGACCCGUUCCUCUAUUUAUGCAAACAUCACCGAUCACUCAGACCCCGUAGUCUCGUGGCAAAACAAUAACAAACAACACACGUCGUAACAUCUCCGCGUUUCGACCGAUUUCUCGCGCGAUUCUCCCGCAAGUCGUUCACAAAGACGUUCACGUGCAAGAAAAAGCCCGUAGCACGAGAUUUGCACGAUUAUAAGCGUGCUCGCUUGACGGCGAUCGAGGAUCCUCUCGCUUCCGUGAAACCCGUUCGCCGUCGCGGGCGCCACGCGAGUCGGGUCUACUCCGACGAUUCGGGGGGGAAGAAAAGUGAAACCUACUCUGGCCUCGUCGCGAGAUGCUGUCAGCUACGAAAAAUGCCUACUGACAAGAGACGCGCGAUGUGUGCGUACUGUGUCAACUGUGUGCGCGCGUGGACCAAUAUGUGAUUUUCAAUCUGUGCUGUGCACAUUGUCACUCUCUCCGAACAGGUCAGCUCCCGUUUAAGUAUCGUUUAAGCGGAUUAGGAGACUACAGAGUAGCCGUUCCCUCGUGGCCGAGCCUUUCUAUGCGCGAGGCCACGCGAGGCUGCGAAUCACUGUGAAUCGAUCGAGCGAUACCAGACGUGAACGAGUCAAAAUCAAUCAAAAUUGUAAACGGUGCAAUUCGCUCAGUGAGCGAUAAGCAGCGCGCGUUUCCUCUGUCUCUUUCGUUAUCGUUCCGCUGCGCUGAGACAUUGUCCAGUCGCUGUGCCGUUGUAAUGACGCGUUGUAACGCAUGUAAUAAUACGUAACGACUGUCGUCGCCUGCAACUGCACGAUAUUCGCCUCUGAUACAUACAAAGUCGAACGACGAAUAGAUUGAGUUUGGGACGAUUUGUUUUAUUCAGCAAACUUUUGUGUUCCGUAGACAAACAAUUUCCAGAAGUAUAAUUGUUGACAUUAUUAUAGCGUGUUCGAAGCGCGCGCGAGAACUACGUUCUCUGUUGAUUUUUCGUCAACGCAUUUGUGGCUGAUGGAUGACUCCAAGUACAACGACUUUUCACUAUCUAGCACAAUGGAUAACAUAGUGAAGCAGGAACCUGCCCAGGAGAUGAAUUCAGCGUCGGCAUCUGUGCCGAUACCGGGAGGACACAGAGGUACCACGCGAGGAACUUAUGAUCAGUUCUCACCGUCCCCUCUAGCGAUAUCCUCAGGAUGGGACAUGAGAACUGAGCAAAUGGAAUAUCCUUUUAAAAUGGACCCAGAUCAGAUGGACAUCUCGUUUAAGAUGGAUGAGGAUGACAUAUUUCAGGUGGACACAGCUGAACUUAUUCAAGGUCCCACUCUGGCCGAAUUGAAUGCCAAUGACUUGCUGGAAGAUUUAAAUUUUGAUGAUUUGUUAUUACCCGAAGGAAGAGUACAGCCGAUAAAAAUGGAAUAUGCUGCUCCGUUAACUGGCUCUCUGUUUAGUAGUAGCAUAGGAUUUGCGCCUAGUAGUUUUCCUCAAUCUGGAGUAACUCACCGUAGUUGUCCCACAUAUACAAAUACAUGUGGCUUUAAUUUAAAUAGAAGUUCAAAUAUUGUGGAUAAUGCUGAAGCUGUUAGUCCUACUGCGUUUCCUAGUCCAGGCACUAGUAACAUUGCAGGUAGUUCAACAGCAAGCUCAUCGACUUCACCACAUCCUGUAACUCGGCCCAUUGGCUCAUCUACUUUACACGAGCUACUUAUGAAAAGAGGUGAAAAUCCAUUUAAUCCAGUAUCUAAUCAGGCCGAUAAUAGCUCUACGAUAGGUGGUAAACCUAAAAUUUCGAGAUUGUCUAUGUCUGCACCAACGCAGACAAUGGGACAUUUGGAUCAUAUCUGGGCCCACAGGGAACCACGGCAACAUCUCUUGAGUACUGGUAGCUUGGUAGAGGCAGGAUCGACGAGUAGUCUGAGUACUGGAGGUGCUCUUAGUCCAGAUCCACUAUGUAUUGAUCCUCUUAGUCACGAUGAAGGUUAUGAAGAUAGUGAUGAUGAUAGUGAUCACUAUGAUGACUACAGCAGUGAUAAUGAUACAGGUGGAAGUGACGGCGAGGAACAAAGUAAUAACAGAGUAGGAACAGGAACUACAGAAUUGGGAAAGGAAAGACAUAGUAAGAAAGAAAGAUUUUUCUGGCAAUAUAAUGUUCAAGCUAAGGGACCAAAAGGACAGCGAUUAAUUGCACGAGCGCGUUUGGAAGAUCCACAUGUCUUGAAUGAAGCAACUGAUCCAGUAUUUAGUCCUCAUUGUGCUCUUAGAGGAAUUAAACAUAGUGGAAAGGCACGAAAAGGCGACGGAAAUGAUCUUACACCGAAUCCUCGCAAGCUCCAUAACAUCGGACGAGAACUAGAUAAAUUAAAUCGCAUUAUAAAUGAUAUGACACCUGUUUCAGAAUUACCUUUUCCAGCAAGACCAAAAACGCGUAAAGAAAAAAAUAAAUUAGCUUCACGAGCAUGCCGUUUAAAGAAAAAGGCUCAACAUGAAGCAAAUAAGAUAAAGCUGCAUGGACUUGAAGCAGAACACAGACGUCUUAUACAAGGUAUAUCACAAGCUAAACAUACACUUGCUGCUAAAUUAGCUGAAUCCAAUCCUGACACUCAAGAAGAGCUUACACGACAAAUGGAAAAAUGUUGCAAGCUAGCUACCAAAAUGCGAAUAGCAAAUCAUUCAACAGAUUUUGUGAACAAAGUAUUGGAGAAUAUUAGAGCCGGUAUUCCUGAUGGUGGCAUCGAUAAUUUUUAA